AUGAAAUUAACAGCAGAUGAUGCAUCAACUCUAGUGUUGCCACAGACAACCACUUCAUUAAUUAUCAACGUUAUUUCUUUGAUUUCUGCAAGUUACGGCCUUAAUAGAGCAAGUGCAUUACCCCUACCACCAACAUUAGCAAAGGCUGGUGACAAACAAUUCUUAACAAAUAUCUCAGUAAUAGCAACAAUUCUGAGUAACAUUGCUGGUAUUUGCAACUAUUUUAUCCAAAGAAGACAACAUAAAGAUUACAAGAUUGGGUAUCCCUGUGAUGGUAAAAAGAGAGCAAAUUUUGUCUCAAGACAUUUGCUAUUACCUUUAGCUUUGGUUUUAGAAACGAUCGUUCCAUUAGUAUAUUGGCCAUUGAGAUUAUUUUUCAUAAACUUAAUCAUGCAAGGUGCAGAUGAAGUUGACCAUUACCCAAUCCCAGUUCUCGUAGAUGUGGCAAUCCAUUUAUUCCCCUUUAUAGCUUUGUUUGCUGAUCACUAUUUAUCAGGAUCAGACAAUAAGUUUAUCCUUUCAAAUUCAGUGGCGUUGGUCGUUGUCACUACUUUGGGAAUCGCUUACAACAGAUGGUUAGCAUUCAUAAUCGACUUUGAAGCAGGCCAAAAGAACCCUUAUCCUUUCUUAGAUGUUCGCGAACCAUUCAGAUCCGUUAUCUUUGCCUGUGUCACAACAGUCGCUUGGGGAUGUUAUGCCUUGUAUCAAAAGUAUCCUCCACGUAGAGAACUUCCAAUCAAUUUAGGUGAAAAGAAACUGCUUUGA